AUGUUCUCGUUCCUGCCACGGCCCUUCGACAGUGCCUGCACAGAGAUCAUCAAGGCAUGCAGUGCAGAAGGGUUGGAGGAUGACGACGAUGAGGCUGACGAGGAGCAGGCCGGACAGGACCAUGUCUUCACCUUCUAUGACGAAUUGUCUCCGGAGGAGCAGCGGGAGCUGGACGACCAGUUUGACCGAAUCAAUGCUCAGGAGUUUGAGAACGCUUGGGUGCACGGAGCAGAUGAGACCAGCUUUGCAGAGCAGGGCAUCCAAACCGUGCCGCCAUGCCUGAUGAACUGGGAUCUUAAGAGACCGCCAAAGCUGCAGCCUGGUGCCAACAUCACCAAGCUUACAGAUGUCAGUGAGCGCAAAUGGACUGCCUGGCAAACGCUAGGCCUCGAGAUGUAUUCUCGUGACCGGGUAGCCAUCGUGAUUAUGUCCGGCGGGAAAGACUCUCGCAUCGGCGGGCAGAUUCCGAAGGGUGCUUUGGAUGUGGGGCUCUUGUCUCACAAGUCAAUCUUCCAGCUUUACAUCGAGAGAAUCAGAAGGCUGCAGCACCUGGUCCAGCGGAAAUUCAAAAAAGCCGUUUACAUUCCUGUGUACAUAAUGUGCAACCGUGAUAACAAAGAGAUCAUCGAAGACUUCUUCCGUGAGAACGAGUUCUUUGGUAUCAGAGAGCAGGAUGUCUUGUUUUUCACGCAGGGCGACUAUCCAAUCUGCGACAAACGCGGGAAAUACCUGCUCGAAGAGAAGCACAAGAUUGCGGUUAAUCCGAAUGGCAACGGCGGCAUUUUUAAAGCCUUGGUGGAGGAGGGCAUGGUCUCCGACAUGAAGAGCAGGGGUGUAACUAGCAUUUAUGUAUGCAGCAUCGACAACGUCCUGGCGAAGGUCGGAGAUCCUGUUUUCAUCGGCUUCUGCGAUACCUGCAAGGCCGAUGCAGGCCUCAAGACCAUGGAGAAGGUGCUUCCAGAGGAGCAGUAUGGCAUCUUCUGUUCUCAGCUCUACCGGGACAUCUUCGAAGACGUGGAUGGGGACGGCAAGCUCGACUCUGUCUCCAAGGUGAAGGCCUCUGUCUUGGAGUUCUUCGAGAUCCCCGAGGACUUAAAGAAGCGGCGCAAGCAGGCAGGAUCUGGUGGAAUGCCACUGGAACUAAGUGCCGGCAACUUGUCCCAGUACUUCUUCAAGAUUGAUUUUGUCAAGAAGGUGGCGCAGCUGCACUGGAAGAAGUGGCACCUCAUCCCAAAGGCCAUCCCCUACAUGGACUUGAAGCUUGGACACAAGGUGGAGCCUCCAAAGCAGGACCGGAACGCCAGGAGGAUGGAGAUGUUCAUCUUCGAUGCAUUCCAGCUCUGCAAAAGUGUGGUGGGUCUGCAGGUUCCACGGACAGAAUAUGCACUGGUCAAGAACGUCUCGGGGCCCAGCUCACCGCAGACGGCAGUGCAGGCAGUGGGGCAGCUCCACCAGCAGUGGAUCAUUCGUGCAGGAGGAGAGUUUGUGGAUAAAAAGGUGGCCGGUGAAACGGAGGACCUGAAAUGUGAAAUCUCGCCGCUGGUCUCUUACGACGGUGAGGACUUGGAGGGUCAUUUCCUGAAGCCCUUGGCACUCCCAUUUUAUUUGCCAUCACAGAUGGAGUUCACAGACUUCUCGGCAGCAACUGCACCGCUGGCGAGAAGGCCUUCCACCCACUACUUGGAUUGGCAGUCAGACAUAAUCCGUCACGAGCUGGAAGUGGAACUGCAUGCGCAGCUGGGAAAUGUGUUGGAGAUGAUGGAAGAUCCCAAAAGGUACGAAUACCAUGGGGAGCGAGCAGCUAACGAAGAGGAAACGCUGCCACCCACGCCUCGCGACACAGGGCCAAAGAGGCCUGGAGCUGCAGGGGGAGAGGUCGCGCAAGGAUCUGGAAGUGCGCGAAAAGGUUCGAAGCAGGCCGAGACAAAUGAUCCUUCAGAGCCACUUACCGCCCUUGAGGGGCCACCGACGGACACGUACACGGAUCCUAAGAAAACAAUCAACAGCGAGAAGCGUCAGAAGUACUGGGGCCGAGACGCUUCCCCCACGAGCGCGCGCGGUGCGCCCUCCGCGCGUUCCGCCCGCGGGGCUCCACAAUCGGCGCGGGGCGGACCAACCUCGGCACGUGGGUCGCCCGGCGAGGCCUCCCCACGCGAGCGAGGCAGCGCACGUGGCAGUGCACGUGGCAGUGCACGUGGCAGCGGCAGCGGAUCUCCUGGCGAAUGA